AUGGCGCCCUUCGUAGAGGAAUCCGCUGAGGAGUCUCGCGCAGUCUCAUCUAAGGUGGCGCCCAACCUCGUAGCGCCCGAACCAGAGCACUGUCCCGGUCCCGAAUCCGAAAAAGCCGGUCAAGGCGAUGCUUGCGCCGGCUGUCCGAAUCAACAAAUCUGCGCGACCGCGCCAAAGGGCCCAGACCCCGAUAUCCCAAUCAUCACCGAACGACUCUCUCAAAUCCGGCACAAGAUUCUAGUCCUGUCUGGCAAAGGCGGAGUCGGCAAGUCAACAUUCUCAACACUACUUUCGCACGGAUUCGCCGCGAACCCAGACUCAACCAUUGGCAUCAUGGACACGGACAUCUGCGGGCCAUCGAUCCCCAAGAUGAUGGGCGUGGAGUCGGAGACAAUCCACGUUAGCAAUGCAGGCUGGAGUCCUGUCUGGGUUACAGAUAACCUCGGUGCCAUGAGCGUGCAGUUCAUGCUCCCCAAUCGAGAUGAUGCGGUCAUCUGGCGCGGACCCAAGAAGAAUGGUCUCAUUAAACAAUUCCUCAAGGAUGUGGACUGGGGCGAGUUGGAUUACCUGAUUGUCGACACUCCCCCCGGAACUUCGGACGAGCAUCUGUCCGUCAACUCAUUGCUGAAGGAGUCAGGUGUCGACGGUGCUGUCGUGGUGACGACUCCGCAGGAAGUGUCGUUGCUGGACGUUCGCAAGGAGAUCGAUUUCUGCCGCAAGGCUGGAAUCAAGGUCCUUGGUCUGGUGGAGAACAUGUCCGGCUUUGUUUGCCCUAGCUGCACACAUGAGUCUCAGAUUUUCCGCGCAACUACUGGCGGGGGCCGAAGGCUGGCCAAGAAAAUGGGAAUUCCAUUCCUCGGUGCUGUGCCUUUGGAUCCCCGCGUUGGUAUGGCAUGCGACUAUGGUGAGAGCUUCGUCGAUAAUUAUCCCGAUAGUCCGGCGUCGAAGGCUAUCAAGCGCGUCGUCCGUGCAGUCGGUGAAGCCGUCGGGGAAAAUCCCGAGGAUGUGCUUCCAGAGGAUUUGAUCGGUUGA